AUUAUUGCCUGAAAACCUGUCUACUCUUCUCUAGACCGAUCCGUGAAGUACACUGUCCUUCAAAGGCUCAGUUUAACAUCAAGUUCCGUGUAUUCUUUACAUUGUGCGUGGACUAGAUGGAAAUUCGGUUGAUAGAUAGUCGGGCUCGAUGCUAGGAGAGUUACGUUGGAACUCGUGGGUGUCUUCUGACAGAUAACAGGGCAGUCUCUUGCAAAGACAAGCUGCUGCGGUGAAGGUCAGAAGAUAGAUCGAUGGAUACCGAAACCAUGGCAGCGAGUACAGGAAAAGGGCCUGCUAGUAAUGAUACAGCCUCAGGCCAUGCACCUGAUGCUGCCAUACCACCAGGAGUAGAUGGUACAGCCCCGGCCCAUGAACCUCAGGUUGCCACAGCACCGGGAGUAGAUGAAACAACCCCGGCCCCUGAACCUAUUGUUGCCAAACCACCAUCUAAAUAUGUUAAAAGGAAGAAGAGGAAUGUAGUGGACACUAGAGGAGCAGAGGAUAGCGAGCUGAGGCAUAGGGUUCGUGCUCAGUAUAUUACAAUAAAGACACUGCAAGAUGAUAAGGACGUUUAUAAGUUCUACAAAAAGAUCGUCAAAAUAGGCGAAGGUGCGAGCGGUAAGAUAUAUGAGGUCGAAAAUGCAAACGAUGGAAAUGAGAGACUGGCAAUGAAAGUUCAGAGGAAGAAUGAAGGGGGAGAGGGGCUGAAGGCCGAAGACUUGAGAAGGAUCUACAAAGAGCUCUUGAUCACAGACAAGGUACUACCACCACACGAGCACAUCGUGCAGUUGGAGGAUGUACUGGUAAGCCCGAACAAAAUGUUCACUGUGACACAGCUCUAUGCCAAAGACAUCACUCUCCAUGAUUUUAUCAAAACGUGCGAGAACACCAGUGCACGCAGAGUGUUCAAGCAAAUAGCCGAGACAGUCCGAUUCAUGCAUAAGUAUGGCGUCGUGCACAUGGACCUGAAACCGGAGAACGUUCUAUUCACAGCUCCGGACUUCAUGGUCACGAAGGUCGUAGAUUUCAGUCGUGCAGAAGUGGUCGGAAGCCUUGCCAAGGAGGUUCACAACGGAUUUAAGAUAAGUGACUGGUUCAGUCCUGAAGAGGUGGCGGAAGCAGCCAGAGAAGGCCAGCCCACGGUUGAUGUCCAAUCCUUGGGAAACAUACUGCUCAGCAUUCUGAGCGGAAAAAGCCUUCCGUUCCAAACGUCAGGCGCCAAGUUCACUCGAGCAGUUGCAAAACUCCAGCCUAGACGAGAGCUAUUUCCCGCACCAGCUUUGGAUUUGCUCUCGAAGAUAGGGCCAGGGAAGCACGGGCCCAAGCAUGUUGCAGAAUUACUGACAGUAGAAGAAAUCUGUGAGCAUGAAUGGCUUCUGGGCCAGACUUCCGGCGAGACUUCCCGCGUGGAAGGGACGACGGCAUCCUGAUGCCGUCGAUACUGGUUGCUGGUGGCAGACCUUUUGAUGAGUGUUGCUAGUCAUGUAAGUCCAGAGGUGUGAACCCAAACAAUUGCGAGUCUAUGAACGGAUAUUAAGUAGCAGAGGUCGCCCUCAGAGUUUUCAGGAGUCAACCGAUCAGCCAAUCGACCGGUGUCAUUCAGGUAAUGCUGCCGAAGAUUCUUCAUGUUAUGCAUUCUUGCAGUUAAGUCGAUCGAAAUACUCCUCAGACACGAGACAGGCCAUCACUGAUGUGUGUGCUGCUUAUGACAUGCUCUCUUAAUAUACAUUUAUGGUUGUGCAUCGAAAUUGUUGAAAUUGAUGUCUUUAGAUAAAAUUAUUCUUUCAUGUCCUAUUAACUUCAAUAAUAUAUUUUUUCCAUGAAUGUACAAUGAAAAUAAUAUCAUCCGUGAUCAAUUAAAAUUAGGUUUGAAUGACAUUUUAUGUUUCCCAUGAUAUUUUGCAUUGAUAAGAGCAGAAUUUUUAGACUGAAAAAUUUCAACGUUCAAUAGGGAAAAAAAUGAGUAUGGAUUAUGCAUGUAAACGUUAAAGAGGAUA